CCUUUUCACAACCCCUGGUCUCCCUCUAAUGCUUCAUAUAAAUCACCUUGAAUCAUUGGUUUGGUUUCCCCCUCAGUGAUGACUAAAUCUGCGUGGAGAAGAGUGAUAAUCACAUUUAUUAGAUUUGGCUCUUUGAUGGCUUCUCUAAUAUGAUGAUGUGCUGUGAAUCAGGAACUGGUGAGGUGGUGAGACAUUGGGAAUGAGCUCAUCUAUCCUGGAACACACAAGUCAUUGUUAGAUGAGCGGGCUGUGCAGUGACGGUUGUCACAUCUUUACUUUGUUUCGCCCCUUUAUCAACUGCAUGGCAUGUGCAGGAAUAAACAAAAACAAAGUUGUUUGAAUGUUUAUCUUGACUACUUGCCACCUGUUUGGCAUUCUCUACUGGUGUCUUUCAUUUGCAUUGUAAAUGAUAAAGGUAUAAAGGUCCUAACAUUGAACGAGUCACAUGUUCCAAUUUUGCACUUAUCCAGAAAUCUCCAGAGUCAUCUAAUGUGCAUGAGUUGUUCUAGCUCCUCGUGAGUUGAGGCCCCUGAGGAGAGGAAGGGUUAGUUUUCCUUGGAUUUGUCAUGGGUGGAGCAGCAGUGCAGAUAAUACUGAUGGAUUAAUAUGAAGUGGAGCUUGGCAGCGGUCACUCUCUGGAGUCUGGUAAAGAAACUUGAUUGCUCACUGGACUGAUGUGACAUGUAGUACAAAAGAAAGAGUUUAUUCAUACAGUGUCUUGCCAGCGUUGGUACUAAAACACCAAGAAGUAUUAGGUUUCUCUCAAUAACAAGUGUAAUGAUUUGGCACCGUGUAAAUAAAACUGAAUACUCUUGUAAGACCAGUCUCAACUAAACGUAAUUACUGACAGCAGUGCAUGUUGUAUUUGGACAGGCUAGUUUACACAAAGAUCACAAGCCUCCUUCAUUUAGACCCAUCCCAAAGUGCAAAGCAUCCAAAUGUCAACAUAUCUCUCUCUGCUCUGGUGUCGUGCAGUUUGUGUGAUACAUGACGGGAUGGGACCAAAGGCUGUUUACACAAGAAUAACACUGCCACACAACUGGUCUAUUGUUGGUGCUUUUUUCUUUUCUUCCCUUUGUCCCCUAAUAGGAAAAAUCCAGAGAUGAAUCCAGACCCUGUGGGCCACUUGUCAGAUCCCUGGAAAGACUCCAAGAGGAGUUUAAUGCGCCGUCUCUGUGUUUUCAGUGUCGUCUUUGAAUAUCACAAAGUCUCGCCUGGAGAUGAUCGCCAAACAACAGGGAAUGGGUUUUCAUGUCACUGAGGCCACGUGUUACCUCACAGCCGACCUGUUCUACCUGGAGGUGGUGUUGGAACAGUGUGGUCGGGUGGAGGAAGUAAAGGUGGCUCCACAAGUAGGACCUCCCGUAUCCAGUGAGUCCCUCCUGCAGCUGCUGAGGGUGAAGAACUAUACUGACUUCUCCAGGAAAUUAGCAGGCCUCUUUGCCCAGUACAACAUGCCUGGAGACAACAGUGACAUCAAAUUAAAACUUUUUACAUCUCUACAACACCUCGGGAAAGACUUGCUGCAAAUAUCAGUUUUGCAAAGGGCAUCAAAUGACUGUGACUCCAAGAUAGACCUGAUUAACAGUGGAAGGACUGGGUGUGUAAUUGAAGGAAAAGAAGAUUGCCCUCUGAUCAUCCAGUUCUAUGUCACUCCAACGGAGUCCGAUUCACAAACAGCAGAUUCAAAGCCAGUUAUCCAUGAAGCCCAGGUGACUGUCAGUGCCAGCGACGUGGCUCACAAGCUUCAGAUGUCAUCUCUGAUCCCGCAGCCUCCACAGCUGGAUCCUCAUGGAUCUCCUGUGUUCCUGCUGUUAAAUGAAGUGCCACAUGAGACACAGCCAGCCUGCUUCCUCCUCAAACUGCAGCCGUUUGUACCAAUGACGGCAUCUUUUAUGAAGAAGCUGAGUCUGAUUACAGAUGUGACUGUACCAGAUGUUGACCUGCAGUGGGCGCCCUUACCCAGUCUCCUGGUGCGAGGUUCACAGAGUGCAAACAGCCACAGGGAGACAUUAGAUGAGCAGGAUACUAUUUAUACAGUGAAAUUUCCUGAUGUGAGUCACAGUUACAUUCUCCCUCGAGCUGCAUGGCAGGCACCUGCACAGAUAGCGACUGUGAUGAGCAGCGUUCCCUUCACCCAUCCUGCUCAUGUCCCGGCUCUGCUGGAGCUGCUGCGACAUCAGUGUGUCAUCAACACCCUGCUGAGGAGCUGUGUCACUGGAGCCACUCCAGGCCCGGAUUGUGACCUGCACUUUGAAGUCCUGCCAGAGACGGACACCAGCUUUUCUGUGACCUUCAACCCUCCUGACACCGACUCCCUCGCUGUUUUGCUGGUGAACAUAUCCGAUUCUCAUCAGAUCACCUGCAGCUUGUUUGGAGCAGGAACAGGUGAUGCGACCACGGAUCAGUACAUCUCCACUAUCAUUACAAGGUGCAUGUCCGUUCCUGUGACCUUGAGGACACUGUGCUCAAAGCUCAAGGAACUCGCCUCCACUCCACGUUCUCCGAGCUGCCUGGCCACCGCGGAGGGCGAAAAUUACCACUCUGCUCCCUCAAGUGCCGCUGUGACGGACACCGACAGCACCGUGACAAAGUUGUCCCUGGGUGCAGCUGUGGCUGAGGACAGCUCCAGUGUUUCUGGCGCAGCCUGCUACGCCAUGUCUGUCGCCGAUUCUGAGCUUCUGACUUAAACAAAAACAAGUCAGUCCUUAAACGCUCACUCCUUGGUUGGUGUGUCGUCUCAUUGGAUGGGCAGCGAUGCUUCGCCGUGAACGCUCACUUUAAACUUCUUUGUGAUGAGCAAAUAUCUUAAAAUGUGAUUAUACAUAUUUGUGUUUUUAUGUCGCCAUUUUCGUCACAAAACAAAUAGGGAUAAAUAGAAAACAAGUCACGCAGGAGUUGAAGUUUUUUUUUGGAGUGAAGAUGCUCUAACUGCAGCACUUUCUUUGUUAGCGUUUCUUACUAUGCAUUCCACUGUGGCAGAGAUUGCUGCCUGUAAAGGGUUGAGGUUUGGCUUUUGACCUCUCUCAGACAGCCAACAUCCCAGUCCACUGAGGCCUCGUGAGACAAUCAGACGUUUCUUAAAAGAAGAAGAUGCCUUCCCAGUAGCUCGUAAUGAUAAAGUAAAGAUCAACACACUGCGUAUUAAAAUGACGAGUAGCUUUGUUGGAUUCAUAAAUGAUUCUGUCAACGUUUCUACGCGCAAUGUUGUUUUGGGUUUUUUUUACGUUGGGAAAAUAAAACAUAGUACACUUAAGAAAUGACAUUUGGUGUGUGUGUGUGCGAGCUAAAUAGCUCUGUGGAAUGGAAACGCCACGGUUACAAAUCUCCUGAUUACAACUGCUUAUCCUGGGCGGCUGCCAAGACGGAUACCGAUAUAGCACAAAUAUGACUAGUCUGUAUACCGUCAAACGUUUGCCAUCUGAUGCAGAGGAGCCAAAAAUGUGCCUCCACCGCGUUGACGAACAAAAGUUAUCCUUGGUCUUUUUGAUGAGGUCAUAUAUUGUGUUAAACGUCCUGUAGGUCUGUGGACAAACCUGUAGAACAAUGGGGCCUUUUGCCCGGCAGCCAUUUUGAAAGGGCACAACGGUAUAGGAGAAUCACAGGUGUAAAUAAACAAAUUAAUAAUGGCUGCUUGUGGUCUGUAACACCUGUGCUUUUCCCUGCUAAUGAACAAAUUCCAAAUGUGUAAAGGGCCCAUUGGCUGUUUGAAAGCAGAAAGGAAUUUAACAUGUAUCCAGAAUAUAAAAUCCACUGUCAACAGCUGACAACUGCUUUUGUCCAGCGUUUGCUUGGAGAUAUCCAAUGACCUGUUUGAGUGCUAAUUAUAGAAACAGCCCAACAUGUGUGGUUGAACUGUCUCUUCUGUCACUGGGCCUUAGGAUCCUUAGAAUUUAUGAGAACACACUGUGCUUCAUAGAAUAUGAAUUUGGCAAAUGAUACCUGCUGUG